UUGCAUCUGCACUUGGCAUCCUAAAAUUUUGCCAAAUUCCCUGAAAUCUACUCUCCAAUGGUUUGGCAUCUGGGUUGGCAAAAUUUGCCAAGUUGCCCAUCUGGGGUCCAACUCGCGCAAAUAUGCGCGCGAGUCCCGUCCGCGCAUCGCCCCCCGUCCGCACGAUCAGGUAUCCUCCCGCGCGUGGGAAACUUCCGCCAGGCCUUUCCUUUCCUCCUUGGCGCGACUUCUUUCUGUUCCCGCGACAGAACAGCGUGCGCCGCCGUCGUGACGAGUUGGCGAUCAUCUUCCUCCUCCUAGGGUUGCAGAUGGAAGAUCAUCCAUGCUGUCAUGUUCAGAUGGAUGGAGAUGCAUUCUUGACAGACAUUCUUCUCGAUGGAGAUAAUGGUGUUGUUCCUGGUUUGGAGGACCUCAAUAUUCCGUCCACACAAAACAAUCAGAGUUCUCAAGAAGUAGAACAAACUGAUGUGGAGGUGCAGGCAAGUCGCAGUUCAAAGGGUUCGAAGAGAACAAAAAAUUUUAGUGCUGACGAAGAUGAAGUUAUAUGCUCGGGCUGGUUGAACAUUAGCAAAGAUCCCAUUAAUGGGGCCAACCAAACUCGUACCUCGUUUUGGAAGAGAGUUCAUAAUUUUUUUGAGAAGCACAAGAAAACUACAGCUGCGAGGACAGAGAGUUCCAUUAUGCAUCGGUGGCUAGCAAUUCAAGCUUCUGUGAACAAGUUUUGUGCAUGCUAUGAUGCUAUUGAGGGUAGGAAUCAAAGUGGAACAACUGUCAAAGACAUGAUUUCAGAAGCACUGAAGAUGUACGAGAGAGUAGACAAGGACAAGAAGUCAUUUACUCUUAUACCUUGUUGGAACAUACUCAAGGAGGAAGACAAGUGGAAAGCCAAAAGGAUAGAAAUUGCCGAGCUAGAGAGACAAGCAAGGCUGAAAAAAAACAAGUCUUCCAAGCAGUCGAGGCCAAGGGAUGAAGAAAAAAACAACAACGAAGAAGGUGCAGAUGUUGUUGCUCAUGAAACCGAAGCUAGGAAAAGGCCAGAGGGGAUAAAGAAAGCAAAAGAAGCUGCUAGGCGAGGAGGGGGUGAAGCUUCUAUGGAGGCAUUAGACAAGAUGUGGGCGAAGAAGGAGGCCUUCGACAAGGAAAAAGAGAAAGCAAAAGAGGAGAGGUUCAUGGCUUCGCUUGAGGUAGAGAAGGCUGCACUAGAGUUAGAGAAAAAACGAGUGGAAAACAAGGCUGCACUUGAAGAAAAAAAGGUUGCACUUGAAGAAAAAAGGUGUGCACUUGAAGAAAAAAAGGCUGAAGCAGACUUGCUGAAGGAAGAAAAUGCAAUAAUGUUUGUGGACAAGAGAACUCUCGAUCCGCUGCAGUUGCAGUACAUUGAGAUGAUGCAAAAGAAAAUAAUAGCUCGUCGCAUGGAAAAUUAGUUAUAGUUUAUGUCAUUUUUUAUUCUACAAAUCCAAUUAUAUUUUAA